UUGAAAAACAUUACUUUCUUGCUUUUUACUUCACUGGCAUCGAUGACUUUACUUACUUAUAUUUCCCACGAAUAACACAAAUCCCAGAAGUUAUCAAAUCCCGAGGUGAGCGCCAUGUCCACAUCGAAAACAGGCCAGUGUCGAGCACCGGGUAUACUCCAAUUGGAAGAGCAGGAGGAGAGCGAUCUGCUGACCAGCGGCAGAGAUCCCAGCGACGCAGAGGAGGAGACCGACCUGGAUGCCGCCUACGAUGAACUGGAGGAGAUGAAGCAGCGCCUGAUCGCACUGCGUAACAAGGUGGUAAUCACAAAUCCAGAUGUUUGCCAGGAGCUGAAAGUUCGGGAGGGCGGAGCACUGCAGCAGUUGCGUGACCAGAAGUGCCAGCUUAUUUGCCGACUUCAGGAGGUAACCCAGCACCUGGAGGACUCGCAAAAGGAGCUCAAAGAACUUGAGACUUGGUGCUGCCAGCUCCAGUACCGCAUCCAACAGGCAAAUCGGCAGCUUGACCAGUUCGAGGACUUCAAGCUUAGGGUCAUCCACCAAUUCGGGCUGUGCAUCGAGCGUUGGGAGCACCAGAAGACCCACAAAAUAGACUGCGCCACCUACCGCAAGGAAAUGGAGGCCCACGUGCAUCACGCGGACAACUCCCGGAAGAGCGUGGUGCCCCUCAAGUGCCACAAGUCCUUCCGACGCCGCAUCCGCAUCGAGCUCCUGCUGCUCCGCGUUUUCCUGCACAAUCUCUUCGAGACGAUGGUCAGCGACUUUAAGUUCUUCGGCCGCCACAUGAGCAUUAACUUCUCUAUUGAACCCGUCCAUAUUACGUCCACCAAAGUUCCGGAAACGCCAAUCGACCAGGAGAGCCACGAAUAAAAGUUCCAGCAAUUAAU